CCACUUCCAUUGACACUUAAUCAAAAUAACGGCUCUUUUUGAAUUCGAACCCUCUGUCAAGUCAAUCCGUGUUUAUUUUCGUAAAAUAUGUGUUUGUGUUAGUUAGUGUAUAGUGUCCCACCAUGGAACCAUCCCAAGAAACCAUCACGUCGCGCCGCGACAAACUAAACUCCCAAAUUUUAGGCAAAACCAUCGACGAACAAAAACCCAGUCUCGUCCACCGGGAAUGCCUCCUAGACGCCCUGCAAGCCCUCUACGACGAAUGCUGCAUCGAGACCCUCCAGAAAUACGACAAACAAAUCGCCUCGUUCGUCGAACGAUACAAAACCACCAUCUCCGAAGUGAAAAAACUGAGAGUGAACAUCGCGGACUUUGAAAUCAAAGAUGUGAUCGGAAGGGGGCACUUCGGCGAAGUGCACGUUGUGAGGGAGAAGCAGACGGGCGACAUCUACGCCAUGAAGGCGAUACGCAAGUGCGACAGCCUGGAGAAGACGUCGUUCGACGUGGAAAGAGACAUCAUGGCGUUUGCACAGUCUUCGUGGAUCACGAGUCUCCAGUACGCGUUUCAAGACAGCGUGUACUUGUUUUUCGUGAUGGAGUAUCACCCAGGGGGCGAUUUGCUGGGGCUGCUGUAUCGACAAGGGGGCACACUCCCGGAAAGCGCAGCCACUUUUUAUUUAGCCGAAAUUGUGUUGGCGCUGGAGGAUUUACACGUGAUGGGGUUCGCUCAUAGGGAUAUUAAACCGGAUAAUAUUCUUCUGGAUCGGUGUGGGCACUUGAAGUUGGCGGAUUUUGGCUCAGCGGCACGUCUGGACGCGAAAGGGUUUGUGAGUUGUGGGAUUCCGGUGGGAACGCCGGAUUAUAUAGCCCCUGAAGUGCUACAGUCGGUGGAGAAAAAUUCAAAACGUGUACAAUAUGGAGUUAGUUGUGACUACUGGUCACUAGGUAUCUUAGCGUAUGAAUUAACGAUUGGGAAACCCCCUUUCACGGGUCAAAACACCACCACCACCUACUCCAAAAUUAUGAACCACGCCAACCAUUUAAAAUUCCCACCGGACGUCCUCCUCACCCAGGCCUACGUUUCUCUUAUCAAAGGUCUAGUAACUGAAGAAAAAUCGCGUUUAACGAAACCCCAAGUCCGGCAACACCCCCUUUUUAAGAAUAUUCAUUUUGACACUUUACGGGACCAAGUGCCCCCAUAUGUACCUAAAAUUACUUCUCUCGACGACACUAGUAAUUUUUGUGACGUGGUGACUAAAAAGAAUGGUCCUAAUAUUGACAAUUUUAAGAAAAAGACGCAAUUUUCGGGACGCAAUUUGCCAUUUAUUGGGUUUACGUUCACGAAUGGAGUUAGUUCGUGUGGGAGAGACUAUGACAGGGGUUCAAAGGCCAAAGAUGACAUUAUUAGAAGUAUGAAGGAGGAGCUGGAGGCUGUGAAACGGACGUUGAUGAAGAGCGAGGAUUUUGAGGAGCUGAAAAUGUGUUUGGAGAAGAAGGUUCUGGAGAAGAGUCACAAGUUGGAGAGUAUUGAGAACGUGAGGGAGAAGCUGGAGAGGGAUUUGGCGGCGAGUAUGGCGGAGAGUACGGCCCUCAAACGCACCCUCGAAAUCGAGCGAAAAGACCGCGCUGAACUCGAGCGUCGCGCCCUGGAACUAAUCAAAUCCGCCAAGACCAAGUGGGAAACCUCCGAGCGCACCAAAGUCGAAGCCCUGAGGCUCGAAAUCGAACAACAAAAAGACAAAAUCGCGCAACUAACGACCACCAACAACAUGCUGAACGAACAGCUGCAGCGCGCCUUCAAGCUCGAAAACAAGCACAAAGAGUCCCUGGAAGCCGUAGAACAGAUGAACCGGCGAAGCCUCGUAGGACUCGAGUCCCGCCUGGAAAAAGUGGCCGUGGAAUCCAGAGGCAAAAUCUCGACUCUGCAGACCAUGCUGGAUAGAAGCAACGACGAGAAGCGCGCGCUGGAAGAGGAAAUCCAGAAGCAGAAGGACGAACUAGACGCGUUGAUGAAGAAGCUGGAGAAAUCGAGCGAAGAGUACAGCGUUUUGAACGGAGCCGCUCUAGAAGCCGAAAAACUCGUGAAGGAACUGAGUGAAAAAGUCGCCACGUUCGAGGACGAAAUGGAAGACAACAAAACCUUGAAAGAGACGGUUGAAGAGUUUUUCAAAGAGAGCGAAAUCCAGAGGAAGAAAAUCAAAGACCUGGAGCUAGCGAACACUCUACUGACGAAAGAACUGCGCCACAUGGACGAAUACAGAAAGUACAUCGACUUACUCAAAGGAAUUAAGACCGAAAACGAGAAGAAAAUCCACGAGUUGGAAAGCAAAUUACAAGAAGAAGAACAGAAGAGUGCUUCGUUCCAGAAACAACUAGUCGAUUCUGAAACUUUGGUCAACGAAAGCCAGCAACUCAAAGAACUAAGAAUGAACAUGUGGAAAAUGGAGAAAGAGCUAGGAAACACGAAAAUCGACAAACGAAUAGCAGAGCGGGAGCUGAAGGACGCGAUGAAAGAAGCCAAAGAGCUGAGUGAAGAAAUCCAAACAUUGAAGAUCAAAAUCGACGAAAAUAGAAAAGUGCACGAGUCGGCUAUGUUGGAACUGAACAACAUCAACGAGUCGCUAUCGAUCGACCUAGUGAAAGCGCGCGAGUCCCUCAAGAACUUUGAAGACAAGCUCGAGAACGAAAAAACGAAGAACGGUGAAGAAAAAGCGCUGAUUGAGCACUUGAAGGAAACUAUGAAAGAGAAAGACGCCAGAAUCGCGACUAUUACAUCAGAAGCAAAAUCUUUGAGAAACGAUUUGUCAUCGCUGAAGAUCCAGAUGGCGAAAACUGAAGAACAAAAGCAGCAAAUUUUGUAUGAAUGCAGAAGGAGCAGAGACGACAAGCAGAAACUAAUAGAUGAAGUGAAAGACACCAAGACGCAGUUAGAAAAUCACCAAAGGAGCUUAGAGGCUCUUCGAGAAGCCUGCUUAAUCAUCGAAAACCAAGUCAUCGGGUAUGAGAAAAUCAACGCUUCCAUACAAGCCGAGAAGGCCAAACUUGCCCAAAACACCGAAGAACUCAUCAAAGAUUUGUGUAAGGCGAAAGAAGAAAUCCAAGAAGCGAAGAAAUCAGCGAACGAAGAAAAGUCGUUGAGAUUGUUAACUGAAACUAAAGUCAAACGACUGAGUGAAGAUAUGGAGAGCUUGCAGACCGAGUGCGACUCUUAUAAAGACCAUUGUCUGAAAUAUAAAGAGUGUUCGAAUACUUUGAGCGAAGAAUUGACUGUGAGUGAAGAAAAGGUGUCCGAUUUGGAAGUGACAGUGAAGAGUUACGAGCGCCAAAUCGAAGACUUCGUCUCAGAAAAUAACUUACUCAAAGAAGAAAUCUCUCAGUACUUGACACAAAUCGCAGGACUGAAAGAGUCGAACUUUAAACUCAAACAACAAGUGCAGGAUUUGAAGAACGCGAAGAAUCUUCUCAUCGAAAGGUCAGAAGAACUGGAGAACAUUCUCAACGCGAGAGUGACGUAUUUUGAAGAACGAGAAAUCAAGCACGUGUCGACCAUCAAACAACAAACCAAACUGAUUGACUAUCUUCAAGUUAAGAUCGACGAAUACAGCCACAAGAAGAAAACCCUCACGGACAAACUUUUCGGACACUCGAAGAAAGAAAAUCAACCGAUUAUCUUACCAAUCAACUAUAAAGAUCUAGAAAGUGAGUUGCAGAAGCACAAGAAGAUGAACAAAGAUCUUCAGGAAGAAAUCUACAAGUUGAAGGCCGAAAUUAGUUGUAAAGUCACUCCUGUGACUAAACUAUUGCGACAUAAAUCGGAAAUCACUUCACCGAAGACGAAAUUGGCGAUGGAACAACUAACAAAGUCGCCGGCGUCGUCAAACGAGUUUGUUAAGAAGAAUUCAAUGCAGCGGAUGCACCACAACAUCCCCCACAGAUUCGUAUCUAAACUUUGCAAGAAACUGUCAAAGUGCGACCACUGCUCAAACCAGGUUAUGUUAGGUCGUGACGUCAGCAUCUGUACCGAGUGUAGCAUGACAGUGCACAUAAGUUGUGCAGAAUUGGUCAAAAGUACAUGUGGUUUGCCCCAGGCUUAUGCCAAACAUUUCAAAGAUAGCUUGACUAGACUGAACUCGUCGGAAAAUGGGGACUUAGAUGAGUCGGUGUGUGUGGAAGGAUGGAUUAAAGUCUUGAGUAAAAAUAACUGCUGGGAGAAGCGCUACGCCUACUUGACUGACUCACGACUAGAAAUUUAUUCAAAUUUGGAUCAACAAAAUAGGAAUUUAGUUGAAUCUCUUGAUUUGAAGUUGCCUAAUAGUAAACGGAAGGUCGUUCUGGAGCCAGUGCCCUCAGAAAUCGGAGUCAGUGUGGCUAGUAGUGAUUUACCUUUUAUUAUGAAGGUCGAAAUUUCAAGUGAUUGUUGGCCAGUGGUUGCUGUAGUCUUUAUGGCGUUGUCCAUGGCGGACAGAGACAAGUGGUACAAAGCUUUACAAGCCACCUUCAACGACACUUCUGACAAAUACCACAUCGAAUCCCUCUUUUCCAUCCCCGAAAAAAUCUACGUUAAUUGCCUCCUGGACCUAACCCAGAACAUCAAAGUCGUAGGAACCGACCACGGCCUCUACUCCCACUACAACGACCUCCUCCUCCACAUCGAAGGCCCCACCGAGGUCCAACACAUCUGCGUCAUCCCCGAAUCCAACAUCGUCGUCAUGAUUGCCAACCUCACCGGCGUCCUCAUCUCCUGCGACUUAAACCACUUAAUCAACUUAACGCAAUGCGCACCCUGCACUAAGCCGGUACUUAAGUACCAAAGCAUCUCAGUGAAGAAUUUAGACGGUUUUCACUAUCUGCACGCCUCCACGUACUCCAAGCACCAGAUGUUUUGCGCCGCCACCUCCAAACACCUGGUUAUAGUCAAGUACGAGCUCGAAGCCGGCGAAUUCGUGCCGCUGAGGAUCAUGGACACGGCGGAACCUCUAGGAUGCGCGCUUUUCACCGAGCACUCGCUCAUAGUAGGCGCUGAUAAAUUUUUCGAGAUUGAUUUGUCGGAUUUCAAGGCCGAGGAAUUCCUCGAUAGUUCGGAUCUCAGGUUGAAGCACGCGGUGAAGUGCCAUAAAAUGCAGUCGUUUCCGUUGGCGAUUGUGGCAGUUGCGGAUAAUCCGAAGGAGUUUCUUUUGUGUUUUAACGAGUUUUCGGUGUUUGUAGAUGAGUAUGGACGGUGUUCGCGCCCGAAAGAAAUCAAAACGAGCUAUUUACCGAUCGGGUUUCAUUUUAUUCGGCCGUUUUUGUACGUGGUUCAGUUUUCGGGGGUUGAAAUCAUGAAGUUGGGUCAAGGGGAUGAGGAUAGUCGUAAUGCGGUUGUGGAGUUGAAGAAGAUGAGGUACUUGGGACGAAACAGGGUGGGAAUUUUUGUGUUUCAUGAUGGGAAGGUUAAGUUUCUAGAGGGGAGGAAAUUAGUGGAAGGGGAUGAUGGUACGUCUGUUUGUCCGUCGACGGAAGAAGGGGAAGAGUCGAAUAGGUUUAGUUUCACGAGUUCAAUAGUACAAAGUUUAGACGGGAAUUUAAGUGAUGAAAGUAGCGUCGAGGACAACACAAAAAGAGUAAAGUUUUCACAAACUAAUUUGUAACAAUUGUACUUAGCUUGCCGUUUAAGUAAUGCCUUAAUUUAUACGCACUAGAGUGUAUUGAUUUUAUAUAUUUUUUAAUAAAGUGUGAUUAAGUUUU